AUGAAGCCGGUGACGGCGGCGCCGGGGGCGGGGGCGCUUUUGCUGGAGGAGACCCGGCGGCGGCUGGGGAGCUUCCAGAUAUGCGCGCUCUGCACCUGCUGCGGCGGACCACGGGGCAUCUGCCUGCCCUCCCCUUGCUGCUACGCCAUCAACUGCAACAUCCCCAACAGGCCAUUCGGCUUCUGCUCCUUCACUCCCAAAUCCUGCAACUGCUUAGAAUGCAAUCUCUGA